GAGAUGUUUACGACUUUGCUUCUGCUGCUUUUGGUAGGAGUUAUCAACUGCCAGGAACCGAGGCGGGAUGCUGAUUAUCCUCCUCCGGGUUUUUUGGAGAAGCUGAAACCUAUGCAUGAUGCUUGUGUCACAGAAACCGGUGCAUCCGAAGAUGCUAUCAAGCGUUUCAGUGAUCAAGAAAUACACGAAGAUGAUAACUUGAAAUGCUACAUGAACUGUCUUUUCCAUAAGGCAGGUGUUGUAGAUGAUAAGGGAGAGUUCCACUAUGUAAAAAUUCAAGACUUUUUACCGGAGUCCAUGCAUCUUAUCACGCUUAACUGGUUCAAGAGAUGCCUCUAUCCUCAAGGUGAUAAUCUCUGUGAAAAGGCAUUCUGGUUGAACAAGUGCUGGAAAGAGCGAGAUCCAGUGCAUUACUUCUUGCCCUGAAUGAUAAACGGCUGACGAAGUUUUUCAUUAAGAUGUGUUUAUUUAUAUAGGAU